AUGUACCCGUUCAAGUUGCAUAGGAUCCAUGCCCUGUCUGAGAACGACUGCCGGCGAAGGAAGCAAUUCUGCCUCGAAGAGUUGGAGAGGAUCCAACAGAACCCGACUCACCUGCCGUUCCUGGUGUUCACUGACAAACAGUGUUCCACCUUGACGGCAGAGUUAACACUCAAAACUGUCGAUACUGGUACCGUUCGCGCCGUCAACUAUCUUGACAUGCUUAAUGAACUCUUUCUCCCCGAACUGGAAGAACUGCACAUGCAGAGAGAGGUGUGCACAUUUAUGCACGACGGUGUGCCACCGCACUGGGCUGUGUCAGUCCGAAGCUGGCUCAAUGAUAUGUUUCCUGGUCGAAGCGAUCGUGACUCUGAUCGUACUCUGACGUGGACCGAACCAGCCCGCCAGGCUUUCCGGGGUAUCAAGACCAGUCUUUCUAACGCAACACUCCUUCACCACCCUAAGCACGAAGCCCAAACAGUCCUAGUGGUCGACGCCUCAGCAGUUGCAGUCGGCGCUGUUCUCCAGCAGAAAAUCGAUGACGUCUGGUGCCCCAUACCGUUUUUCUCCAAGGCCCUCAGAUCGGCAGAGGUCAAAUACAGCACCUUCGGAAGAGAGCUCCUGGCAGCGCACCUGGCCGUACGCCAUUUUCGUUUCUUUCUCGAAGGCAGGAAGUUCACUCUCUUAACCGACCACAAGCCCCUGACUUUUGCCUUUCGAUCUGCAAGCACCCGCUACUCCCCGCGGGAAACGCGCCAUCUAGCUUUCCUUUCGGAGUUCUGCACCAACAUCGUGCAUGUGAAGGGCUCAGACAAUAGUCCCGCUGACGCACUCAGCCGCAUCGACGCCAUACACGGCACGACUUGUUCCUCCGAGGAUAUUGCUCGAGAGCAGGAAGCGGACGUCGAGCUCCAAAGCCUCCUGCAGUCUUCCUCCUCUCUAUGCUUUGAAGAUUUCGAAAUUCCCGGUUCCUCCCUCCGUAUCGCGUGUGACACAUCUCCAGGCCGACAACGACCAUUCGUGCCCUUGUCACUCAGAAGAACUGUGUUCGAGUCGUUGCACCGCCUCUCGCACCCAGGAAUUCGCGCCUCACAAAAACUCGUUACUGAGCGUUUCGUAUGGCCCAAAAUGCACGACCCUGGGCCUGGGUUGCUUCCUGUCCUGCUUGCCAGACCACCACUAAAGUCUUUCGCCACACCACAGCUCCCGUAG